UGAGUUUCCCGCAUUAGCAGCAACGUUCUUACAACAUUAAUUGGGAAAGUAGCUUAUACUGUAAAAUAGCAUCGAUUAUCAAUGUGGCGCAUCUUCUGUAUACAAAUACCUAUUGUUUACCUAACCGGAGCUCAUUCCUCAUUAUCACACACACUCUCACGUGCGGAAGAGUAACUCAUUCUUAUAAUUAAUUAUAGGUUGCUUUUUUUCUCUUGAAUAAACAACAUUACAUUUCCAAUAAGACUACAUUAUAGUGUUUUCUUCGCUUUUCUGUAAAUGGCUUAGGCAUGUAAACCAUUGCGUGAGGCUGCAUUUGAGCAUAGAGAAGCAUUUGAGAGAUCUAGUAUCGACGAGUAGGGAUUGGACUCCAUUUAGCAAGAGCAACGUUAGCUUGAACACGGAAAAUACGUACCAGGUGAAACAGAGUUUUUCAUAAGUCUGCUGAUCAUGAAUAGGCAAGGUUGCAGUGGGGAGAAUGUUUCACCAAGGAACAUUUCCAUUGGAAUAUCAAGAAAUGGUCUGACUAACGGUCUAUCAGAGGAGGAUGAGGAUGAUUUAAAGAUGGAGCUAGCAAAGACAGAGGAUGAGAUACAGACAUUGCGGCAGGUGCUGUUGGCCAAAGAGAAAUAUGCGCUGGACAUCAAGAGGCAGCUGGGUAUGGGCCCCUUCAGUGAGAUUAAACACAACAUGUCCAAAGGCUGGCAUGAAGUCCAGACCUCCAACAUGUAUAAGAUGACCCAUGACACUAUUUCUCAUGCAGGACAGAUCAGCACUGCUGCCAUGUCCACAAUGGGUGUGGCCAUCACAAGGAGACUGGGAGAAAUGAGAGCACUGCCUUUGCCAAGCCCACCUCGCCCCUCCUUGGGCCACUCCAUCAGUGUGCCUGCUAUGAGUAUGAGACAUUCCAAUACAUUCAAGUCCUUUGAAGACAUGGUGGGAAGCGUGAAGAACAAGGUGUCCGGAAGUCGAGGGAAUGACGGAAAUAUCUCUGGGUUUGGCAGAAGCCCAUCUCAGAACAAUGGUUCCUUCUAACAUAAUCCACCUAAUUUUCCCUCUUCCAUCUAUACUCCUUUAAUCACUUUCACCUGAUGUCAUUGUCCACACUACCCCAUCAGACAUUAAACAUUUUGUAGGAUGUUGAUGAAUGAAUAAAUGACCAAAUACAGUUUCUAUGGAUUCCGUGUGGGCUAUGCAGAGAUAUUUAACUUUUUGUUGUUGUUGUUGGAGUGGGGGGGGGGGGGGGGGUUUAAAAUGUCAUACUGUGAAUUGAAUGUCAUCGAGGUACAAAUGUUUUUCUACAAUUUUAUAGAAUGUAGCUUCAGUUGUGAGAUAGGAGUAAUGCAUUUUGUAUAGCUUUGUCAGUGUUGGUUCCAACCAUUCAUUCAUUUAAAAUGUUUAAAUAGUAUUUCCAAUAUCCAGCUAUUUAUAUAGUCCUGUUGAUUGAAGGAAAAUAUUACUGUUGACUUAUAUCCUGCUACGUGAGGUUUAGAUAACAAUCCCAAAUGUACAUACAGUGAAGUAUUUUUGUACUUUGAGAAUUUUUAAUUAAAACGUAUUAUAUGUG